UUAUGACAUGAUAUUCUUUCCGAUAUGGGUGCACGAUCAUUUUUAUAUCAUGUGCUUCAAUCUCAAAAUUCAAAUGCUGGAUGUGAUUGACAAUGCUCUGGUUACGGAAGAGAUGGUAAAGCACAAAUAUGGAGGUGCACCAGCUAUUCUGAACGAUACAAAUAAAGUUGACUGUGGAGUUUAUGUGAUGCGCCACAUGGAGACUUACAUGGGUGGUCCAGUUCGUAACUGGAAUUCAGGUUUAGCAAAGAACGGGACAGAGGCGUUCAUAAAACUUCGUGCCAAAUAUACUGAAGCAUUGUUUGUUGGAGAAACUAACAAGAAGCCUUUUCAAACAUUUUCAAUGAUACAGCAGAAGUUUCAGAAAAUAAAAAAAAGGGGAAAUCAAUGUUGA